AUGAGGCCUUUUUGGAAGCGAAGCGGUAUCGUGGCGUCGUUGAUCGCCUUUUCGUCCUUUCUAUUGCUAGCCGCCCCAGUAACAGCCCAGGCUUCAUCGACUACCACCUCGUCGCCCGCAGUCAGCUAUGUAAACACACUGGCUAACCAACGAGCCGACCCCCACAUUUUCAAACACACGGAUGGAUGGUACUACUUCACCGCCACAGUUCCUGCCUUUGAUAGGAUUAUCCUCCGUCGUGCUCAGUCCAUCCAGGCUCUGGGUGAUGCAGCAGAGACUACAGUUUGGAGGAGGAAGUCGUCUGGUGUUGGGAGUGGUCAGGUCUGGGCACCCGAGAUACACUUCAUCGACGGAAAAUGGUAUAUCUACGUCGCUUUGGGCGUAGCAAAUGAAUGGCGCAUUCGAGCUUUUGUUCUUGAAGCGUCUGGUGCUAACCCCCUGACAUCAACAUGGAUCGAAAAGGGGAUUAUCAAGACCAACUGGGACACCUUCUCGCUCGACGCAACAACCUUCACCGUCAACUCCACGCGUUAUCUUGUCUGGGCCCAGCAAGACCCGUCCCGGUCCGGCGAGAACUCGUCUCUCUUCAUCGCACCGCUGCAGAACCCAUGGACUAUCCGGGGCACCGCCGUCGCCAUCUCUCAUCCCGACCUCGCCUGGGAACGGAUAGGGUACAAAGUCAAUGAGGGAGCGUCCGUCAUCCAACGGAAUGGCAGAAUCUUCAUGACCUACUCCGCCUCAGCCACGGAUCACAACUAUUGCAUGGGCCUUUUAAGCGCGUCCGCAACUGCCAAUCUCAUGAACCCAGCAUCGUGGACAAAGAGCAGGACGCCCGUCUUUGUGAGUAACGCCAACACGAACCAAUGGGGUCCAGGACACAACAGCUUCACGCUAUCAGAGGAUGGAAAGAGUGACUUGAUGGUAUAUCAUGACAGAGGCUACAAGGAUAUCAACGGAGACCCGCUCAACGACCCCAAUCGGCGGACGAGGGUGCAAAAGGUGUAUUGGAAGGCCGACGGAACACCGGACUUUGGCAUCCCCGUGCCGGAUGGAAAUACGCCGGUCAGACUGAGGUCGGCCGUCCCAACUGGACUGUUCCUCAGAUUUUACACUGGGAACAGUGUGCCGAGCGGCUCGGUCGCCCUGGAAGAUACUCAGUUCCGCAUUGUCAAUCCCGGGUUGUCGGGUAAUGGCACCAUCAGCUUGGAGUCAACGAGUAAUCCAGGGGUCUACCUUCGCCGGUUGAAUGGAAGCCAGGUUCAGUUUGAAGCAGGCCGGAAUCUGAACACCGCAGCAAGCAAGGCAUCAGCGAGCUUCAACAGGCGCUCUGGACUGGCCAACGGAUCCGGGAUUUCUCUCGAGGCGUCCGAUGCAGGAGGCCAGUAUUUACGCUUGCAAGCAGGUGGAGCGUUGGUGGUUUCGGCGGCGAGCAGCACAACAGACCAAGAACAAGCGACCUUCUAUCUCGAGUAA